AUGACGAAUCCCGACAAUAUGAAGCCGGUCGACGACGUGGAGGCUGCGGCCACGACGGAGAAGACACCGGAGACGACGCCGGCGUCUGGAACGUCGGCGUUUUCCGCGAUCACUCAGAGGUGGAAGAGGGAGGAUCUGAUUAAAAAAGCGUCUCCGAUCUCGAGAGCAUUGGCUCUUCUGUUCUCUCUCCUCGCGUUCAUAAUUAUGGUCUCUAACAAACAUGGAUACGGCCGCAACUUCGACGACUACGAAGAAUACAGAUAUGUAUUGGCGAUCGCGAUUAUCUCGACGUUGUACACCGCGUGGCAAACGUUUGUACAUUUCUCGAAAAAGGAAUUCUUCGAACGCCGGACCUCCAUGUUGAUCGAUUUCUCCGGCGACCAGAUUGUAGCUUAUCUACUGAUAUCAGCUGCGUCGUCUGCGAUUCCAUUGACAAACAGAUUCAGAGAAGGUCAAGAUAACGUAUUCACUGAUUCCGCUGCUUCAGCUAUAAGCAUGGCGAUCUUCGCCUUCGUCGCUCUAGCUCUCUCUGCUCUCUUCUCCGGUUACAAACUCUCGACUCAUUCUUUUAUCUAA